GAGAAGGGGAGAAGGAGGGGGCGGUCAAAUUGUGAAACAGCGUUCUGUAUAGGGUUACAUUACUCAGCAUUUGUAAAGAGCCAUGAACGCGGAGAAAAUGUCGAGCUGAAUUCCCUCGUUUUCCUCUUGAAAAACCUCUUCAAACACAGCGCGAGACUUCAACGCUAAAGCCUAGGAUGCCUCAGCUUGGAAACCUGUUAAUCCAGUUUCCUCUCAGCUCCAAACCUUCAGAACACACACCAACACCACAGACUCCAACACUCCCUGAGUUUUUACAACAUGUUAGGAAAACCACGGGGCUGAGGAAGGAAGACGUUUACUGCAACUUGCGUAUCCCUGACCAAUCAAAAACCCCCAGAGAUGACAUCAAUAUUGUUAUUCUCACAGGUCAGGGAGUUUUCUGCAUAGAUGUAAAAUCCUGGAGAGGCACAGUAUCUGCUGACAACCAAAACUGGCAUGUGAAAGUGAAAGAAGAGGACCAAAACUUCACCAAUACCAGCAUCGAGCAGACUGAAGAUCCCCUCAGAGUUGUCAUGACCAAGGCAGCUAACCUAUGUGGCCAUCUUAAGAGGAGUGGAGUUUCUGUGCGUCAAAGCCUCUUCUUCCCCAGAGUGAUCUUCCUCUCUCCGGACUGUGAGCUUGAUGAAGAGCUGAGGAAGAGGAGGGAGCUGGUCUCCCACAGCCAGAUAGACGACUUCCUCAGGUCAUUCAGGGAGGGCUACAUGGCCUGGAUUUCAGAUGCACUCACUCCCUCAUGGCUCUCUGGUCAUCUGUCGUACAAGCAGAUGGAGUCAGUGCGGGAGGUCCUGAGGGGGGUGGGGACGUGGGAUCUGGUGCGGCUGCACUGUGGCGAGCAGCUGAAAGGAGACUACCAGGGCUGCCAGUUCAUCGCUGUGGACCGACAGGAGACAGACAUGCUCGAGUUUUCACGAGUCAAGACCCUGUCAGCUGAUUAUCUGUGGGCCCUGCUGGGACAUGUUCCUCAGGUAACUGUUAAAAUGUACAAACGUGGCUCUCAGGGCUGGCUGGGUAAAACUCUCAACGCCACCACCACCAUCCCCUCCAACACCUCUGUGAUCUUCAGGGUCAGCGGGGAGGACACAGACGCCAAAAUCCCAGCAAGCAGCAUUCAAAGUAUCACACUUAGCAUAUAAGAAGAAAGCCAAAUAGUUUCAUACUUUUGAUACAUGUUUUUAAAAUGAUGCGACCUUUAAAUUCAUGAUAAAUAGUAUCAAAAUGUGCUAAAGCUGCAAGAGGACUUCAGAUCUCUGGUCAUAGUAAAAAAAGAAACUGCCAAAAGUGAGAAAAAGAGCAUCAGAUUCACAGAUCAACUAAUAAUGUCGGAACAGAAGUUUCUUUAACCAGCUGACAGCAGAGAUGACACUUUCUAAAUUGGACGUUUGCAGUAUUUUUGUGCUGAAGUGUUGGCAACUUAUUGGUGCAAUUUGGACAGUUAACAGGAGUUUCCCUGAAAUAUUUUUUUGCCUAGCAUUUAUGUUUUUGUUUUUUACUAGGAAGGUUAAAUGCUGGUGUCAUGACAGCCCUAAUGCACAAACAUAAAGAACCAACCCAUAUUCACAAAGUGCCUCUGACUAUGCAGUGUAAGAUUGUCUAUACAUACGUACUUUUUUGAUAUUGUGUUUUAUUAAAAUGAAAUAAUGUUAAUGAGUGACAGGAUUGUAAAGAACCAAAACUUUAAAAAAUAUCACAUCUUUUUAAAAAAAGCAGGUAAAAAGAAAAUAGAAUAGCAUUUCCCCUGUGAUUUAAUUAAAGAAGUGAAACUUCCAUAUAUUCUCAAUUCAUCUCAUACAAAGUUAAAUAUUUCAAGACUUUCUUGUCUAAAUUUUGAUGAUUACAGCGUACAGCUCACAGAAAUUAAAAAUCCACUAUCUC